GAUGGUGCCACAAGAACAAUAACCUACUACUAGUGUAUGAAUACAUGCCCAAUUGCAGCCUCGACAAGCACCUCUUUGCGGGUGCUAAAACGGAGUCCCUAAGCUGGAAACUUCGGUACAAGAUCAUAUCCGGGGUUGCCUCGGCUCUACAAUAUCUUCACAAUGAAUUUGACCAGAAGGUGGUGCACCGUGACCUUAAGGCCAGCAACAUCAUGCUAGACUCCAACUUCAACGCGCGUCUUGGUGACUUUGGCCUGGCACGUGCCCUCGACAAUGAGAAGACCUCAUAUGCUGAGGCCGAGGGAGUACUAGGCACCAUAGGUUACAUUGCGCCAGAGUGUUUCCACACUGGUAAGGCCACACAGCAAUCCGAUGUCUAUGCAUUUGGAGCGGUCUUGUUGGAGGUAGUUUGUGGCCUAAGGCCAGGAACCAAGAUCGAGGGGUUCCAAUUCUUGGUCGAUUGGGUAUGGUCCUUGCACCGUCAGGACCAGCUAUCGGAUGCUGUCGACGUGAGGCUUGGGGAUGACUACGUUGUUGACGAAGCUGAGAGAAUUCUGCUGCUGGGGCUGGCUUGCUCGCAUCCCAUAGCAAGCGAGAGGCCUAAAACUCAAGCGAUCGUUCAGAUUAUAUCAGGGACAGUGCCAACGCCCCAUGUUCCACCAUUCAAGCCAGCUUUUGUGUGGCCGGCUAUGCUGCCAGUGGAUGGAGAUACUACUACAGCCAACACCACGUCCAUUACAACAUCUCAGUAUAGUUCUGGGUGGAGUCCACAAUCUCUCCUUUCUGACCAGUACCCUUUGGUUUAG